CAAGGCCGGGUUGGAAGGGCUGCAGAGCGCCGACGCGGCCCACGCCUGGGGGUGUUGGGGCCCGGGUAUGCCCAGGCACAGGGCAGCCCCGACGUCUCCGCCCCUGUUGAUCUUCCCGCGCCGUGAGAACCACCUGCCGCCCGCCGCCGCUGGCCAGCCAACAUCCUCGGAGCGGCCCGAUGCCCUCCCUGGGCCCUUCACCUGGCCGGGAGCCUGGUGGAGGCCCCUCCCAAGGCCCUGCUGCCAAUGCUGACUGCCUGGGCCUCCGGCUGCCGGUGUCAUGAGUAACACCACAAUGCCCAGUGCCCCCCAAGCUGACAGCGACUCCAUGGUGGGCUAUGUGUUGGGGCCCUUCUUCCUCAUCACCCUGGUUGGGGUGGUAGUGGCUGUGGUAAUGUAUGUACAGAAGAAGAAGCGGGUGGACCGGCUGCGUCAUCACCUGCUCCCCAUGUACAGCUACGACCCAGCUGAGGAGCUGCACGAGGCUGAACAGGAGCUCCUCUCUGACGUGGGAGACCCCAAGAUGGUGCACGGCUGGCAGAGUAGCUACCAGCACAAGCGGAUGCCCUUGCUGAACGUCAAGAUGUGACCUGGGCCCCAGCCUCCCCUGCGAGGGAGUCUGCACCUCCACCGUUGUCUCCCACUCCUUGCACUGGUUCCUUUUCUGGGGUAGAGGCCAAGCAAACCUGCUUUUUCUUGACAGCCUGGUACACUCUCCAGGAGGGUGGUCAGCUGUUCCCUGCUGGUGUUGGGCCAGAUGUACAUCCAGUAUAUAUACUAUUUUGUAAAUAAAGUGUUUUGUGUUCAAGGGUG